GGAAAUUGGAGAUAUUUGAUACCAAUUCCAUCGCAAUAAGCACCUAACCCUCCCACCCACACCUCCCACAUCGUCCAAAGGGUCACGAACCCGUAAUGGCGACCCACGCUGACGCCACCAUAACCAUCUCACUUCCACAACUCGCCAAAACAAUAGACCAUUCCCUCCUACAGCCCACUCUCACAGACGCCGAGAUCCUCGCCGGGCUGGAGCUAGCCAAGCGUCUCAAGGUAGCCGCAGCAUGUGUGAAACCAUAUAGCGUGCCCGUAGCGCGCGACGUCCUCGAGGACACAGGCGUGCCGAUCUGCGCCGUCGUCGGCUUUCCCCACGGCAACAGCACGACCGGGAUAAAAGUCGCCGAGGCAGAGGAAGCGCUCCGCGAAGGCGCGCACGAGAUCGACAUGGUCGUCAACGUGGGGAAGGUCCUCGGCGGCGACUGGGAGUACGUGACGAACGAGAUCCACGCUGUCAACAACGCCGUUGCGAAAUACGGUCGGAGCAGCAGCAGUAGCAGCAUCGGCAAUAUUGGCGGCGACAGUGGGGGUAGCGGUACGGGUGGUCUGAAGGUCAUUUUCGAAAACGAUUUCCUCGAGGAUGAGCAUAUUGUCCAUCUGUGCAAGAUAUGCGCCGCGGAAUCCGUGGCCUUCGUCAAGACCUCGACGGGGUACGGUUUCGUCAAGCAGCAACGGCAUGGCGGUGGAGGCGGAGCACUAUACGCGUGUCGAGGCGCGACGGCGCGGCAUAUCCGGUUGAUGAAGGCCAGCGUUGGCCCAAAUGUGCGCGUUAAGGCUGCGGGUGGCAUCCGCUCGCUCGACGAGGCUUUGGUCGCGUUGGCUGCGGGCGCGAGCAGGAUAGGCGCGUCUGCGACUCAGGCCAUUUAUGACGAGGCUGUUGCCAGGGGUAUUGGAACGAUGCCGGUGCGGGUGAACCUCCACGAUAUAGCUCCUGAGCUGGGUUAGAAAAGCAAUGCAUAUGAGCAAUGUGCGAGAUAUUUGCUUCCAUGUUGCGCAACGACCUGCUGCCGUUUAAGGUGAAUAUCCGAGGAGGCAGGGAUUGGUACUUGUCUUGCUGUUCCGGUGGCCGUGUAAAAUACUUACUUACUUACCUAUAUAGCGUCAGGCACUUCGGUAAUGUCUGUGCCUUGGGCGUGAAACGGCGGGAAAACGAACGGCCGAAGAGCACACCUAAUGUUUUGAUAAUUCAGAAGGACUCAAGAAUCCUUAAUGUCAAUCUAACCCCAAGUCACAAAAAAUGCG